AUGGCUGAAUCAACAACUACUCAUAAUACAAAUAAUAAUCUUUCUAUUCCUUCUGUGAUGAAAGCGGCUCAACAAAAUGGUUUUGGAGAUAUACGUGAUGUUCUUACGCUUGAUGAGAAUGUAAUUGUACCUCGUCAAUUAUCAUCUAAACAAAUACUUGUUCGAGUAUGUGCUGCUGCAAUUAAUCCAGUCGAUUGGAAAAUUUUAGAGGGAAAACUAUCACUUGUUACUCGAUAUUCAUUUCCUCAUACACCAGGUACUGAUGUUGCUGGUGUCGUUGUUGCUAUCGGUUCUAGUGUAAAACGUCUUCAAAUUGGUGAUAAAGUGUAUGGAGAUCUUGGAAUUCAUGGUGGUAGUUAUGCUGAAUAUGUUCGUGGACCUGAAUCAUUAUUUACAUUGAAACCAAAUAAUUUAACAAUGGAAGAAGCAGCUGCUAUACCUUUAGCAUGUGACACAAGUUAUCAAGCAUUAUUUAAAAAAAUUUCACCUCCUACUGGACGAGGAAGUAAAAUAUUAAUCUGUGGUGGUAGUACAGCUACUGGCUUAUAUGCAAUUCAAUUAGCUAAAGCAGUUGGUGCUUAUGUUACAGCUACAUGUUCACAAAGAAAUUUUAGUUUAAUGGAAAAACUUGGAUAUACAAUAACACAAACAAGUAUUGAAAUGAAUAAUGAUCAAAAUCAAUUACAUGUUAUUGAUUAUACGGAAAAAGAUUUCGGAGAAGAACUUAAAGAUCAAAAUUAUGAUAUUGUCUAUGAUUGUGUUGGUGGUGAACAACAAUGGAUAUCAGCACAAAAAAUAUUAAAACGAGGUGGACAAUUUAUUACUAUUGUUGGUGAUGAUUUAUCUUCUAUUAUUUCAUUGAAAACAUUGAUUGUAAUGGGUUCUAGUAUAGCCGAUUGCGUGGUAUUAGUGGUGUCAGCAUGUAUUGACGAAUUUGAGACUUCCAUGUCAGAGAACGGUCAAAUACGUCAACAAGUUAUGUUUCCCUACAUAUUAGGUGCCAAGCAAAUGAUUAUUGCUGUGAAUAAGAUGGAUGCUGAUAAUGUUUGCUACUCCAGAAAUCGUUUCAAUCAAAUCCAAUUCGAAGUAUCCACCUAUUUGAAAAAAAUUGGUUACCCAUUGAAGAACAUCGCGUUCAUCCCCAUUUCCGCUUGGAAUGGAGAUAAUUUGAUUACAGCAUCGAACAAAAUGGUUUGGUUCAUUGGCUCAAUCAUAGAACGUCAAGUAGACAGUGUUAUUUGCAAAACUUUUCUAGAAAUUCUUAAUACAAUUGUUCAGUGUCAAAAGCUUAUCGACAAGCCCUUACGUUUACCAUUACAAGAUGUCUAUAAAGUACGUGACAUCGGAACAAUAGUCAUGGGUCGAGUCGAAACUGGUGUACUAAAGACGAAUAUGACUGUAAGCUUCCCUCCACUGAAUAUCACGGCUACUGUUCAAUCGAUUGAAAAGAACUACGAAACUCUCACAGAGGCUUUUCCGGGUACUAUUGUUGCUUUCAAUAUCAAUAAUAUUCAUACGAAAGAAUUACGACGUGGUCUCGUCUGUUCCGAUACACAGAAUCAUCCGUCUCGAGAGACAACUAGCGUGAUUGCUCAGAUUUUUAUGCUCAAUAAUUCAGGUCAACUUAAACAAGGUGAUCGUCUUAUAAUCUGCUAUCAUACGGCACGUGUUACAUGUCAAAUUAUUGAAUUAAUCGAUAAAAUCGAUCAUCAAAUAAAUGAAUCAAUUCAAAUGUACCCACAAUGGAUUAGAUCAGGCGAUCUUUCUACAGUGAAAAUGAUUCCAUUGGAAUCUGUCUGCUUUGAAAAGUUUGAUGCUUAUCCAUCGUUGGGUAAUUUCAUCGUACGUGAGAAGAACAAAAUAAUAGCCAUUGGCAUCAUCAAAGAUGUCAAAAACGAUUCAUGUUGA